UGCUUAUUUAUUUGUUUAGUUAUUUGUUUAUUUAUUUGUCCAUUUGUUUUUUAUUUAUUUGCUCAUUUGUUUGUUUUGUUUAUUCCUUUAUUUACCUGUUUAUUUAUUUGUUUAUUUGUUUUUUAUUUAUUUGUCCAUUUGUUUAUGUUUUGGUUCAUUUAUUUUUUAUAUAUUUAUUUGUUUGCUUAUUUGUUCACUUUAUUUGUUCGGUUACUUACUUAUUUGUUAUUUACUCUUCCACACAUUUAUUUUUUAUGCAGUUGUUUGUUCGCUUAUUUAUUUGUUUACUUAUUUAUUUGUUUGCUCAUUUAUUUGUUUAUUUAUUUGUCUAUUUAUUUAUUUGUUUUUUCGUUUGUUGAUUUACUCGUUUACUUGUUUAUCUUUCAGUUCAUCCAUUUUUUACAUAUUUGUUUGCUUACUUGGUUUGUUUAUUUGUUAUUUAUUCUUUCAUUCAUUUAUUUUUUAUGCAUUGUUUGUUUGCUUAUUUAUUUGCCCACUUAUUUGUUUGCUUAUUUAUUUGUUUGAUUAUUUGUUUGUUUGUUUAUUUGUUUAUUUGUUUACUAAUUUACUUGUUGCUUGCUUGUUUA